ACCAGGCGGGGAAUAAGAAAAGUAACACCAUGCGAGAAUCAGUCCUGAGAUAUUUCACGGGCUUAAAAAUCUAAAUACAAAAUAAGAGGUUGCGAGAACGUAACCGACUGCAGUAGGGUUGACCCGGAUUUAUUUAAAGAGUUUAUUGUCCGAGUAUGUUUUGAGUGAAAACAAAAAAGCGGAUUUGGCCCUCACGCGGGCAUCAAAGCUAACCGUCGUGUUAGCUGUGAUGCUGGGUUGUUCGUCAGUUGACGGUGAAUGUUUGCCUCUUAAGAGAAAAUGUCUGGCUUUAACUUUGGAUCGGGAACUCUUGGCUCCGCCAACACUGGCGGAGGAUUCGCAUUUGGUGCCGCAGCCAGUGCACCUGCGGCCAGUACCGGUGGCUUCUCUUUCGGGACUGCUCUGGGUACAGCCGCUGCAGCCCCUGCUUCCACCACCAGCACCACCCCGGCUCUAGGAGGCCUAGGAGGCAGUCUCUUUACUCAGAAAGCUACUGGAGGAUUCUCUUUCAAUACACCUGCCUCAAGUGCUGUUGUGCCCACUGCAGGCCUCACAUUAGGUGCCCCAGCUACUACCGCUACCACUGGCUUUAGCUUGGCCUUCAACAAGCCCACUGCCUCAGCAACACCCUUCUCCCUCACCACCACUACCACCUCCUCGACAGCCCCUCCUGGGGCAGGUUUAACGUUUGGCUCUGUCCUGACAUCUACAGCCCCCCAGCAGCCUGCAGCCACGGGCUUCACUCUUGGUCUUGGUAGCUCAACAACCACCACAGCAGCCGUACCGGGCCCAUCACUGGGUGGGAGUCUCUUCUCUAGCAAUGUGUCUACAGGUUUGGGUCAAACCACUCUUGGAGCAGGGGGCGGAUUAACGUUAGGUUCCCUGUUGGCAACGUCCACAGCAGUAUCGGCAGCCCCUGCCCCAAGUAUGGGCUUGGGUGGAGUCGACUUCAGUACAUCCUCUGAGCACAAGAGCGACACAUCGUCUGGAGCCAAUGCACAGGACAGUAAAGCUUUAAAAGAUGAGAACCUGCCCCCAGUUAUUUGUCAGGAUGUGGAAAAUUUUCAAAAAUUUGUGAAAGAGCAGAAACAAGUUCAGGAGGACAUAAGCAGGAUGUCAUCAAAAGCCAUUUCUAAAGUCCAAGAUGACAUCAAGAACCUUAAACAGCUGCUCUCUGUCAGUGCCAGCGGUCUACAGCGCCAAGCUCUGGCUAUUGACAAACUAAAGCUGGAGACAGCACAGGAGCUGAAAAAUGCGGACAUCGCAUUGCGUACACAGAAGACACCGCCUGGACUUCAACACGAGAACACAGCACCAUCGGAUUACUUCCGCAGCCUCGUAGAGCAGUUUGAGGUGCAGUUGCAACAAUAUCGGCAGCAGAUAGAAGAACUGGAAAACCAUCUGACGACGCAGAGCAGUGGCUCCCACAUCACUCCUCAGGAUUUGACUUUGGCCAUGCAGAAGUUGUACCAAACAUUUGUUGCACAGGCUGCCCAGCUCCAGUCUGUCCAUGAGAAUGUCAAGAUUUUGAAGCACCAGUACCUUUCCUACCGGAGAGCCUUCCUAGAAGACUCCACUGACGUCUUUGAGUCCAAACGAGCAUCGAACAGGAAAUGGCAGAGUGCGCCGCGAGUCACAACGGGGCCCGCCCCAUUCUCCAGUGUGCCCAAUGCUGCAGCUGUUGCCAUGGCAGCCACGUUGACCCAGCAACAGCAGCCAACUCCAGGGACCCAGGCACCCUUGGGGGCAGGGUUUGGAAACCCCUUUGCCUCGGCAGUGGGCACUAGCUUGGGCUCUUCUACCCUUGGAGGUUUUGGUGGUGGGCCAGGAUUUGGUGGGGUGGGGACUGGGGGGUCUUCUUUUGCCUUCUCCUCCACCAGUAAGCCCACAGGAGGCAGUCUGAGUGCAGGUUUUGGUAGCAGCAGCAGCUCAGGCUUUAACUUCAGCAAUCCCGGCAUCAACCCGUCGGCUGGCCUGACUUUUGGCGUGUCCAACCAACCCGCUGCAGGCUUUGGCCCAGGAGCGCCGCUACUCCAGCUGAAGAAGCCUCCUGCCGGUAACAAAAGAGGCAAGAGAUAGAAACGGGAGAAGAUCAGAACCUUGUGACUGAGCAGCUGUCCAGCUUGGGGCUUGUAGCAAAGUAAGGCCUGGUCUCUCAAAAGCAUAUAAGCAGCGCUGAAAUUAUCAUUAGAUUAUAGAACGGAGGAAAUUUGAGGAAAACAUCAGGGAAGUGAUCGGACCCACCAUCUAACAGAAACAAAAGAUUACUGUUUUCAAAUCAUUAGGAGGUUUAUGCUCAAUAAACAUGAAGAAAAAGAAAAUCCUGUUGACCAACCAGCAUUAUCUUUCUCUAAUUCACUAGUCUGUGUUGUCCACUGUUCUACGUUGAUUUGAUUCCAUUUCAGUCACUCACAUGACCAUUUUCCGCUUUCAUUCAUUUCAUCAGUGAAAUUAGAUUUAUACUUGUACUUUAUAUUCAGUCAAUCAGACCACCAAAUGUCAGAAACUGGAAUUAUCCUUUGAGUACGAGAAAAACUUUUCUUUUUUUAAAGUAGGGUUAUUGUUGCUUUUAGUAAGAAAAGUGGGACCAAAUCAAUCAAUGCAGUCGACAGUGGCAAAUAAAGAAAGGAUACGAUGGUGUUUGUUCAUUUAAUCUUAAGCCCAUUUGCCUCAAAAAGUUCCCUGCACACUCUGGUCUGUGGUGCUACAAUGCUUUUGGGAAUGCCAGAUAAGGACAGAGCCGGGUCCGUUUCAAAUCAUUCAGUUUUCUGUGAGGAAUUGCUUUAGUCUGAAUAUUGUACAAGGUAAACAUGUUUUUUGCGCUUUGAAGUGGACAGUCUAGUUGGUUCCAUUUUGUUACACAAACUCUCUCAGUCACAGAACUGCACUUGAAUGCUUCUCAAAUGUUGACUUGGCUCAAGUCGUGUCCAGGGAAGGGUAUGAUAAGGUAAAGGGAAAAAAAGCGUAUGGGGUGGUAAGUGGGUGGGAACAGCAUAGUCCCUAUCUGAAAGUGUCAAUAGGGAAUAUUAUCUGAUCCUAGAUAGUUUUAUACACAGGAGUGUCGAGGGUGGGUUUUUGGGGAAGCACAGUUUUAUUUUUGUAUCAAGUAGAGAAAGAGCUGACAUUCGGGAUGGGGUAGAGGGGGACUAGCACCUUGUGACAGUCCAUUAUCUAGUCCACAUAACCUGUGUUGUAUUGCUGCAGUCCAUCCUUAUUAUUGUUCAUUAAUUACUUUUAGAAAAACUUUGUUUGCCCCUGUGUACUAUUGUGAAGAACUUGGGAUAGGAAAUGCCUCUUUGUAUUACCUGGCCCCCAUUAGAUGUUAAGUUAGUUAAAUCUGAAAGGGAUUUCACAGUGCAUAUUCUACCUACUCAAUUUAUACAUGUGCUAGAACAAAUUUGCACUUGCCAGUGUAUGUGACCUGACAGUGAUUGCGUGAAUGUGCAUGUGUGCCUAUCGCACAAGUUUGAAUUUGUCUCUCCUGUCUGUCAUGCUUCUUUUGAGUGUUGGGGGUGGUUCAGAGGAUAUUUUGCUUUUUAAAUUGUCCAUGUCACUUCAGUUACCAAAUACUGGUAAUUGUACUAUUAUUUUCUAAUCACAGUCUGUGGAAUCCUGUAUUUUCAAGAAACUGUUUAUUAAUAAAAUCUUCGAUAUGAUGUUUUGCCUGCUUAUGGCAUCACUUCAAUAAAUGUGUGUCGACACAGAAA